AUGGACACUGCGAUCCUCCUCCAACUCGCCCGCACUCAUUCCCUCGUCAACCACUACGUGUACUCGCAUGAUAAUACUUCCUACCAGCCGCUAGUUUCCUCUCCGUCCUCCUACAUCCGCUCCUCCGCCUCCCGCCCUCUCCACCCCAUCCAUUCCCACUAUUCCUCGUAUCCCGCCCGCCCAAACGCGGAUUCCCCCGCUUCGUCCCGCUCGACUUCAAACCUCACCGACGCAAGUCCGACAGACCCGCCGCUCGAUUACGUCACCGACUCCGACUCUGCUGCGGGAGGCGGCAGUCAUAUCUACAGCGCGGACUACGUCGAACAGCCCCAACCCUCCUCUUGGAUCUCCACAGACUCCAAAAUGCAUCCACACGAGUUCUACGGCUCCGGCUCCUACGACCUCCACGCCGUGCUCUCCUCGCACGUACCCGACGACGCUUUCGCGCACCAGUUGGCCAAAGUCGACGAGCAGCAGCAGCAGCAGCAGCAACAGCCGCAGUUUACCUCCGUCGACGAUUUCGCCCUACCGCCCUAUUAUGGUCUCGGCGCCGACAACUCUUUCCCUGCCUACGCCACCUUCACAGGCCAACAUUUUCCUUCCACGCUGCCGCUCACUCCUGACGGCAUCCAGACAGUCCCCCCUCCCUCCGUCGCAUUUGGCUUCGGUGGCCAAGUGCAGGAACAGCCCCAACAGGCGUUCGAGGAUACUGAAGCCUCAUACGUUCUGACCUCGACGCCGAACCUGCAGUACCCGCCGUCCCCCGACCAUGUUCCCCGCUUCGUCCACCCCGCACAGGUGUCCCCGAACAUCUCUCCCAUCAGCGGUUAUGCGCAGCUGCAUGGCGCGGGGACGCCCCCCGAGGUGUGUGACCCGCGAUUCACCAUCAACAGCCCGUUAGCGGACGACGGGGUUAGCCCUGUCGAUUGUGAUGCCGAUAGCGGCUGCGGCAGUUCGAGCGGCUCCCCUCCGAUUAGCAGGGGACGUCGCGGCGGAUCUACCGGACAGAAACGGCGCAGGGCGAAUUCCUCGAGCUCCUCCGAUGACGAGUACCGCGCAGAUCAAAGCGGCGAGUCCGAGAAGGACGACGAGGACUUUGACGACGACGACGAUUACGUCCAAGGAUCCCGCUCGCGGCCACGCACGAGGCGGAGAGCCACCGUUUCGUCGACUUCUCCCGCCCCUUCGACCUCCUCGCAGGGGCAGAGCUCCAUGCGCCGCAUUGCUCCGCCGGUGCCCGUUCCCAAUCUGACGAAGAAGAGCCGCGGCAGGCGCGUCCCCACCGCGCCUGUGAUCGUCUCGCAGGGAGGCGUGCAGAAGAACGUCAGGAUGUACAUGUGCAAGGUGCCCGGCUGCGGCAAGUGCUUCGCGCGCGGCGAGCAUCUGAAGCGUCAUGUCAGGAGCAUCCACACCAACGAAAAGCCGCACAAGUGUCCCUUCCCGGGCUGCGGCAAGGACUUCAGCAGACACGACAACCUGGGGCAGCACAUGCGCGUGCACAAGGGCUUCAACGGGCUCAAGGCCGCACGCGCAGGAACCGCCUGA